UAGCAAAAGUGAAGAGUUACACUAGCCAGUGCCAAAAGCACACAUAAAUCCCAAAAGUAUCAAAACACCAGACCUGAGAGCCUGAGAUGAUAGGAUGGGGGGACGUGUACAAGGUUGUGUCCGGCAUGGCGCCGCUCUAUUUCGCCCUCGUGCUCGGCUACUGCUCGGUGCGGUGGUGGAAGCUCUUCACCCGUGACCAGUGCGACGCCAUCAACCGCCUCGUCAUCUACUUCGCGCUCCCCUUCUUCGCCUUCGACUUCAACGCCCACGCCGGCACGUUCGCCGCCAGCUACCGCGUCCUGGCCGCCGACGCCGUCGCCAAGCUUCUGGUCAUCGUCUCCCUCGCCUUCUGGGCCGCCGCGUCCAGCCGCAAGGCGGCACCCACGUCCUACUCAUGGUGCAUCACCGGCUUCUCGCUGGCCACGCUCAGCAACGGGCUCCUGGUGGGCGCGCCGCUGAUGGACGCCAUGUACGGCAAGUGGGCGCGCGACAUCGUCGUGCAGCUCUCGGUGGUGCAGGCCGUCGUGUGGCUCCCGGUGCUGCUGGUGGUGUUCGAGGCGAGGCAGGCGUGGAUGGAGGUGACGGCGCCGGCGCCGGCACCGGCGCUCGAAGAAGGCCUUCAGGAGGACGUCGACCGGGCAGCAGCCGGAGGCGGCCGGAAGAAGAAGACAGGGUGCGCGUUCUGGGGGCCGCUGCUGCGGAACGUUGGGCUUAAGGUCGUCGGGAAUCCGAACGUGUACGCCAGCCUUCUCGGUGUUCUCUGGUCUAUCGUGGCAAACAGGUGGAACCUGGAGAUACCACUCAUCAUAGAUGGCUCGAUUGAGAUCAUGUCAAAGACUGGCCUGGGAAUCGGCAUGUUCAACAUGGGAUUGUUUAUAGGACUGCAGGAUAAGAUCAUCAUGACAGGGCCAGGAUUGACAACAUUAGGGAUGGUGCUGAGGUUCGUCGCGGCUCCGGCAACCACCAUGGUCGGAGCUAUACUUCUAGGACUUCGUGGUGACGUUCUACGUGUUGCCAUUAUUCAGGCUGCACUGCCUCAGUCUGUGGGAACAUUCUUCUUCGCACGGGAGUACGACCUGCAUGCCGAUGUCCUCAGCACUGCGGUGAUAGCGGGCACAUUGGUUUCGCUCCCUGUGAUAACCGGAUAUUAUGUCGUUUUAGGUUUCAUAUGAUAGAGAAUCAUCCUUGUUUUCGACAUUGGGUUGCACAUCUCAAUAUCCUUAUACUCGAACAAGAAUCCGUAGUGCUUCAACAAUCGAUCGCUCUAAUUGCAGCGAAGCUUUUUCUAUCGCCGAUGCCGGUCUGAGCCUUCAUGGGCUUUCUUUGAGCCAUGGAGGAUUGGACUUCUCCAUGCACACAACAUGCUUCUUCUUUUCCAUAAUGUAAACUUUAAUUACAAGGAUUUGUACAGUAUUUAAUGCACAAUUGUGACCAUUGGUAUA